AUGCAUGAGGAGCUCAAUCAAUUUGCGAGGAACAAUGUGUGGAUCUUAGUUCCCAGACCUGAGAAUUGUAAUGUUAUAGAUAGGACCUUAUUUAUUAGACAUGUUGAAGAAACUAUCACCGUUACUCAGAUUUAUGUCGAUGAUAUUAUUUUUGGUUCUCUUCUUGAGUCUUUAGCUUAUGAGUUUGCUGAGUGUUUGAAGCAAGAAUUUGAGAUGAGUAUGGUUGGGGAGUUGAGUUAUUUCCUUGGACCUCAGGUGAGACAGACAGAGGAUGGACUGUUCAUUUCACAGUCUAAGUAUGCUAAGGAUCUAGUUAAGCGCUUUGGGCUGGAUAGUAAGAAGCAUACUAGGACACCUAUGAGUACUAGCUUGAAGUUAGGUCGUGAUGCUUCAGUGUUAGAGUGUUCUCGAUUUCAGGCAGAUCCAAAAGAAUCACACUUAAGCUCUGUUAAACGCAUCAUUAGAUAUGUGAGUGGAACGGUUGAUCUAGGAAUAUUCUAUUCUAGGAAUUCUAAUCUUGACUUGGUUGGUUACUCCGACGUCGAUUGGGCCGGGAACGCAGAUGAUAGGAAAAACACGACAGGGGGUUGUUUUUACAUGGGUAGCAAUCUCGUAGCCUGGUUGAGUAAGAAACAGAAUUCUAUAUCUCUAUCCACGGCAGAGGCCGAAUACAUAGCUGCAGGGAGUUGCUGCACUCAGCUUCUCUGGAUGAAGCAGAUGCUGAGUGAUUAUGGAAUUAGUCAACUUGUUGAAUCACAUGUAGUCUCUCUCGACCAUGUCUCUACUGAUAAUCAAUUGAUAGAUCUACUUACGAAACCACUAGAUGGAUUGAGGUUUAAAUCGCUUCGGACGGCUGUUGGUGUUUGCUCACCUAUCUGA